AUGUCCGAGGAAAUCGAAUUCGAUUUCGGCGAUAAUGUCGAGAAGAGCACCUUUGAGCAGAUCCUUGACAUGGACGAGGAAGACGACCGUGACUUCAGCAAGUCGAUAGUGUUUGGAUUCCUCGAACAAGCAGAACAGACCUUUGGCAAAAUGGACAGUGCAAUGAAGGACAAGGACCUCCCCGAGCUUUCCAGCCUGGGCCACUUUCUCAAGGGCUCGUCUGCCACACUCGGCUUCACGAAGGUGAAGGAUGAGUGUGAGAAAAUCCAGCACUACGGACACAAGAAAAACGAGACCGGCGAGGUCGAUGAACCAGAUGAGGACAAGUGCCUGAAACUCAUUGGUGAAAGCAUCGCCGAGGCCAAACGAGCUUAUGAAGUCGUUAACGACCUCAUGAAGAAGUUUUAUGCCGAUCCUUGA